GCUGUUGAGCUUCUCCUCCCCUCAUCAUCCCACCACCAUUCUCCUUUGGCCACGAUGAAACCCUCCCGGGGGAAGCUACCUCUGCCCAUCAUUACUGUUGUCAUCUGUGCUUUUGCUAUCAUCGCCCUCUUGUACACACAAAGAAUCACUUCUCCCUCUCCCAACUCAAUUCUCAGGUUCAAAUCCUGUUCUAGAAAAAAACACACUCCCAACUCUAGUGACAGGGAUGGAAAGAAUGAUCUGGACGACUCAGAAGCCGACGACAAGUUUGAUUUUGACCCGGAAGAGUGCAGUAUUGUUAAUGGAAAGUGGGUGUUUAACUCUUCAGUUAAGCCUCUCUACACAGACAGGAGCUGCCCAUAUCUCGAUAGACAGGUCUCUUGUGCCAAAAAUGGAAGGCCAGAUUCCGCCUAUCGCCACUGGGAAUGGCAGCUGGACGACUGUGAAUUGCCAAGAUUCAAUCCUAAAACUGCCCUUAAGAAACUGCGAGGGAAGAGGCUAAUGUUCGUGGGAGACUCGCUUCAAAGAGGUCAAUGGCAGUCAUUUGUUUGUCUCGUUGAACACAUUAUACCUGAAGACAAGAAGUCCAUGCAUCCCGGCCGCUCUCAUUCAGUCUUCAAAGCCAAGGAAUACAAUGCUACAAUAGAAUUCUAUUGGGCUCCAUUCAUUGUGGAAUCAAAUUCAGAUCUCCAUAUCAUAGGAGACCCAAGGCAAAGAAUACUGAGAGUGGAUUCAGUUUCCAAGCAUGCCAAACACUGGCUAGGAGUGGAUAUCCUUGUGUUCAAUACUUAUGUCUGGUGGAUGAGUGGCCUGAGGAUCAAGUCCCUAUGGGGUUCAUUUGCAAAUGGGGAAGAAGGGUAUGAAGAGCUGGACGCCCCGGUCGCUUACAGGUUCGGCUUGAAGACGUGGGCCAACUGGGUCGACUCAACUGUUAAUCCUAACAAGACCCGUGUCUUCUUCACAACUAUGUCUCCUACACACAUGAGAAGCGCGGACUGGAACAAUAAGGAUGGGAUCAAAUGCUACAAUGAGACAAAGCCAGUGAUGAAGAGGGGGCACUGGGGGACUGGAUCCGAUAAAAGGAUAAUGAAUGUGGUAGACAGCAUAGUGGAGAAGAUGAAGGUCCCGGUUACAGUCAUCAACAUAACACAAAUGUCAGAACACCGAGUCGAUGCUCACUCAUCAGUUUACACUGAGACUCAAGGCAAACUGUUAACCGAUGAGCAGAAGGCAGACCCACUACGCUACGCAGACUGCAUACAUUGGUGUUUGCCUGGAGUUCCGGACACAUGGAAUCAAGCUUUUCUUGCAUAUUUGUAGCCAAAAGGCCGGGAACAUGCAACACAAACUGAUUUGUUUUUUUGGGUCUGUGACCACAUGAUUUCAUCAGUUAUAAGUAGUCUUUUGAUUCCUCUCUAUCAAA